AGUAUGGCUAAAGUCUUCUAUCUUAAAAGAAGUUACCUCUCUGACGGUCGGUGUUUAUCGCGUUAAAGUGAAGGUGGAUAUCGGGAGAAAUUGCAACUAAGUCAAUAAAUUUAUUGAUGAAGUGAUAUUCAGUGGAAAUAACUAACAAAACUUGUUGAAAUUUUUACAAUUCAUCGACUUACCCGAAUGAGUUGUUAAAAAAAUAAUCAAAGUGGCGGUCACAGAAAAUUCAAAUUUCACAUCUUUCGAUGUUGAUUUUUCAAACAUAAACAGUACGAUUGGAUGGCAAUGUCUCUUGUCUAUGGAAGCUGAUAGAGACAUUCAACAUGAGAUCGAGGGUUCGUAUUGUUACACAUCAUACGAUGGAGUUUUAUGUUGGAACAGAACAAAGAUCGACACAACAAUCACCCAGCCUUGCUUUUCGGAAUUUCAAGGUGUUCAUUACGAUGUCAGAAACAACGCUACACGAUAUUGCAGUAUUAAUGGAGUUUGGGAUUUAACAAAUUAUGCAAAUUGUCAUCAUAUUUAUACCAACAACAAGACAUGUCAUGAAUUGGAUUUUAAUCUGCAAUGUUCAGCAUAUGCAACGAGCAUAAUUUACUAUAUCGGAUACUCGGUCUCGCUUGUUGCGCUCAUUCUCGCUGUUAUCAUGUACAUGGGCCCUGGAACAGUCGGCUGCAUAUUUUUGGCAAUUUUACUUCAUUACUUUGUCUUGACGAAUUUCUUUUGGAUGAUGGUGGAAGGUCUUUAUCUUUAUAUGCUUGUUGUGCAAACAUUUUCUGGCGAUAAAAUAAGGUUUAAUCUCUACGCUGUUAUCGGAUGGGGUUUUCCAAGCAUUUUCGUCGGAUUUUGGACGGUUUUUAAAGCCUUUUCCAGUGAUGAUGAGAAUCAAUUAGAACUUGAAUGCUCGUGGAUGCGUGAAUCGAACAUCGAUUGGAUUAUCCACGUGCCAGCUUGCGUUGUACUUAUCAUAAAUUUAGUUUUUCUCCUUUGUAUUAUGUGGGUACUAAUUACAAAACUACGAUCAGCAAACACCAUUGAAACACGCCAAUAUCGUAAAGCAUCCAAAGCACUCUUAGUACUUAUACCGCUUCUAGGAAUUACUUAUUUAAUUGUUAUUGCCGGGCCGAAUGAAGGACUCGAAAGUCAUAUUUUUGCUAUUUUACGAGCAUUUCUUAUAAGCAUUCAAGGAUUUUCUGUCGUAUGUAUUUACUGCUUUAACAACUCUGAGGUGCGACAAGCACUAAAGCAUCGUCUUAAUCGCUGGAGGGAUUCACGAAACUUAAGUUCAGGCAAUUCUAUUCGAAGUCGUCGUUACACAAUGUCGAAAGAUUAUUCGCCAAGAUCGAGAACGGAGAGUAUACGCUUAACUUCAACUCUUCCUAUUACAUCGUAAACAAAUUAUUACUUAAGUUUUUAUUCGAUCAUUGAUGUUAUAUUUAAUAAAAGUAAAGUUAAAGAUUUACUCUGAUUAUUACUUGAAAAUGUAAGUGAG